CGGAAGUUAGGCCAUUUUGCCGAUUUUGGUCGACGCAGCAGAUUCUUUGUUCAUUAUUCUCGUAUUUUUGCUCAGCAGACCCGAGAGACGAUCCACCUAAAUAGUCAUAUUGUUAAAAUAACUCUCGGUUUCAAUGCUUUUACAAAGCUGAUCCGAUUGAUUGAUUGGGUUACUUGAGAAUUUUAUGACCAGCAAGCAAACAAAGACUCUUGUCGUUGUGACGCUACAUGAUUGUGGAUGCUGUUGACACUGACCUUUGACUCGUGAUUUGUUGAACAAAUAUGUAUUGCUGAAGUCAGCUGAUUCUGAAAUCGGAAGUGCCUUGCAUUACGCUACGUUAUGUCCGUUGUGUAUUAUAAGUUCAAGAGCAGUAAUGAAUUUGAUACGGUCACAUUUGAUGGAAUUGGCAUCACGCUUGCAGACUUUCGAAAAUCCAUCUACGGUCAGAAGAAGUUAGGCAAGCCCUCGGAAUUGGAUGAAAUUCAAGUGAAAAAUGCCCAGACUCAGGAAGAAUAUGUCAAGGAGGAUGACAUGAUCCCGAGGAAUGCGUCGGUGAUCAUUUCUCGUGUACCUGUUGGCGGCAUUGCGAAAACUAGUGCUUGGAAACAAGGAAGUGACAGUCCAUAUCAGGGAGUAAUCGACCAAAUGAAUUACCAAGAUUUCCAAAAAUUAACAGAGACGGCAGACUUGUCCAGUGCUGCUGCCUCUGAAGAGGACAAAAUCCGUGCCAUGAUGGUCCAGUCCACCAAGGAUUACGACUCUUCCAACUACCAAAGGAGCAGGCUUCCUCACGGUGGAUACACCUGCUUUAAAUGUGGCAAGCCAGGACACUUCAUUCAAAACUGUCCUCACAGAGCGGAUCGUACCAUGUGGUCCAACCACAGGGUCAAGAAUCCAACUGGAAUACCUGAAAGUUUCCUGACAAACCUGGAUAAUCCCUCAAUUCUUGGACAGCCAGGCGUGAUGAGGACAGCUAGCGGACGAGCUGUGGUGCCUACAAUGGAUGCCAUGGCUUAUCAGAAAGGGAAGGUGGAGAGGCCUCCAUUUGCACCUCGCAAGAAGAGUCCACCCCGCAAGCCCAAGCCCGAGGAGAAGAUUCCUACUGAAUUGCUGUGCCAGCUGUGUAACGAUAUACUCAAUGAUGCUGUGGUUAUACCAUGCUGCGGGAACAGUUACUGCGAUGAAUGUGUGAGGGAUGCACUUCUCGCCACGGAUGAUCACAUUUGUCCUGGGUGCAAGGAAAUUGAUGUCUCCCCAGACAAACUUAUCGCUAAUCAGUUCCUCAGGAAGGCGGUUAUGAAUUUCAAGAAUGAGGCUGGAUACACUAAGCAGGCCAAAGAAGCUCGCGCUAAGAAAGAGGAAUCACCACCCCCGCCUCCUCCACCACCUCGACCAAACCAUGCCUCGAAACCAAAGAUCAAACUGACCACAAAGUCAGGCUCCGUACCAAGCAGUCAGGAAUCGCAGCAUUCGGAGCUUGGUUAUCCAUCACCGGUGACAUCCUCCGUCUCACUCUCGCAGUCGUCAGAGGAAGCAAAUGCAAGUCCUAUAGCUAGUCUCGCUGCUCCACCUCAAACAGUCAGACCUGUUGAACCCAAUGAACCAUAUCACAGGAAUUAUCACCGCCAUCAUCAUCAUGGACAACGAGAUGACCGUUACCGGAACAAUAGACAUCGAGAUGGUACACCCCCAGAGAUCCGCCGGGAUGCUCCUCCUGAAGUGGCGCUCCGAGAUGGCCAACCACCUUUGGUUUACCAGGGAGCCCCUCCACAGGAGAUACACUAUCACCCUGACACAGCAUCACCUCAUUCAGAUGGGCAUCCAGUCCAUCAUCCACCACCACAUGGAGCUCCAGGCCUUCCCCCUGGUAUCCCGGUCAUGCCUCCAGGAAUAAGGCCACCUCCACCAAGAAUGGAGAUUGUGCCCCAUCCUGGCCUCCAACGGCCUCCUCCAUCUGGAGCUUUUCCACCAACAAUGGACAUCCUGGACCCCAUGAGAGGAGCUCCUGGACCAAUGGUGUUUCCUCAACUAGGACCACCUCCAUCUGGCCCCCUUCUUGGUCCCCCUAUCAUAAUUGAGUCGAGGCCAAUCCGUCCACAUGUGACUGGCAUGAUGACCUCUGGUGAAACGCGGAUGAUGUCAGAAGAUGAGUUCUAUAGAACCCAGCAUUUGAUGCGACAUAAAAAGACAAAGCCAGGUCAGGAUGAUCAAAUUGAUGAAUUUGCACGCGAGUUGAAAGCAUUUCAGCGUGAUCAGCUUCAGAGGAAAAUGUCUCGAUCCCGUUCAAGAUCAAGGUCAAAAGGCCGAUCAAAGAAAGGAUCGAAAGGACGAACAAGGUCUCGAUCGUUUACACGCUCCCCAAAAAAGAAGAGGUCUCGUACGAAGUCGUUUAGCCGAUCAAGAUCCCGAUCAAGAGCAAAAAAACCCAGGUCAAGAUCUCGUUCCAAGUUCUCUCGGUCUCGUUCACGCACUAGAUCUUUUAGUCCUGGACCUCGCCCUCGAUCCAUUUCCCGAUCAAGGUCCAGGUCUCGAUCUAGAGGUCGUCGCCGACCACUUUCUCGGUCAAGGUCAUUGUCACGUGCAGGAUCAUGGACUCCUAAAAAUAAAAGGCUUAAUUCCUUUUCACGUUCUCCUAGCAGCUCGAAGCGACGUUCUAGGAGUCGUUCAAAGCCUCGUCUUUCAAGAUCGAGGAGUCGCUCCAGGCGACGAUUUUCACGUUCCCGAAGCAGAUCCAAGCCACGGAACAAACGAUCACGGAGUCGGUCCAAGCCACGAAAACGAAGGAAAUUGACGCGCUCUCGCUCGAGAUCCUCAACCUUUUCAUUUUCAAGGUCAAGGUCUCGUUCAAGACCACGAUUCAGGACCCGCUCGCCAUCACCAUAUAGGCGAAGGCAAUCUUUGUCACCAUUACGGCGAAGCCUGUCCCCACCUCCUUUCAGGCCAAGGUACCGACGUUCUCCAACACCACCAUUCCUUCGGCCGGGAUGGCAAGCUGGCAGGUCGCCUCCACCUUUCAGGAGAGGGGGAGGUCGAGGAGGAGGAUGGCCUCCCAGGUUCGAGCAGCCACAUCCAGAUGACCAGUACAACUACCAUCAUCCACAACUGCCUUUUGCUGGAGCUCAAGCAUAUUAUGGAUUUGAUCAGCAGCAGUUCCAUGAGUAUCAGGAAUUCUUGAGACGUUUCCCAGAUGGGCCACCACCUGCUGGGGCCAUGGAGGAUUUCAUGAAUAAACAUAAACCCAAAUCGCCACGAUCACGUGGGCUUCAAAGAAGUCCUGGAAGGCAAUUAAGUCAUGAGAGAGGAAGGAAAGAUUUUGAUGAUAGAGGCCGCAGGGACUUCGAUGAACGGGGGCGUAAAAAGGAGGUUGAUGACAGUGGGCGUAAGGAUAAAGAGAAGGGGCGACAGGAUAGAGGUCGACGAGAUGGAGAUAGGGGUCGGGAUGGUGAACGAGUGUGGGACGGAGAUCGAGGAAGAGAUGGAGAAAAAAGGAAGGAAGACAGAGAACGGAAAGAAGAGAAAGGCAAAGACAGUGAAAGGGAAAAGAAAAAGCCCAAGAAGGAUAAAGAGGAGAAACCUGGUGCUGAGAAGGAAAAUAAGAAAAAGAUGAAGAAAGUAAAGAAGGGCGCCAAGGCUGGGACCCCAGAAAAGGUGCUAAAGGGAAAGAAUGAUUCACAGGGGGUGAAGAUUGAGUCUGCUGAGGGGAAAGUUACAAGGGACGAAGCUACAAAGGUUGCGAAGAAUGAGAAGACUGAUUUUGCCUCUGAUGAGAUACAGACAAUUUCGGUGAUUGGUUCCUCCAGGGAUCGUUACAGACGAUUUGACGCACAUCACUUCAAACCAAGAGCAUCUGAAGCAGCUAAUGCCAAGGAGCACUCUAAAUCUAGCGUAGAUAUUGAUAUUAAACCUAGUGUUGAUGAUCUUAAACCUAAAGUCAGUGAUGAUCCUACACCUAGUGUUAAUAGUGGGGUGGAGACUGCUGAACCGAUCGCCAGUCUGCCAGUACAAACUGAUGAUCUUCAAAGCCUUGAAGGUGGUAGUAUCAGUAAGAGAAAGGUUGACCAGUCCCCCGAAGGGCAGCCGCCACUCAAGCAAGUCAAAGCGGAACCUCCAGAGGAGGCUAACGACAAACCUAUUGACAUGUUUGAGGAUGAGAAUGCUCCACGUGAAGAAACUGUAUCCGUGCUGAAAACUGGUGCUGCAGGUGCAGUGAAGUUGAAAAAACCUAAGCUCGAGGCUGAUGGAGCUCCUGUGAAAGUAAGAAAGAAAAAGAUGAAGAUUGAAAAGCUCUCUGGGACUGAUACUGAUGGCGAUAACAGACAGAAGAAGGUCAAAACAAAGGUGAGGAAGCGUGAGAAACUGCCCAUUGUUGAUGAUUCCGAGUCUAAGGUUUCCUCCACGGAUGAUUUUGUCAAAGUCAAAAAGGAGCCAGAGCCAGAGGAUUACAGUGGUGGACGUGAACAUGAAAAAAGGGUUCGCCAAUACGAGAAUGAUGGCCAUAUGAAGUAUAUGAAGGAAGGACACAGGUCUAGAGAGAUGGUGAAAGAGAAGCAUCAAGCUUUGGAGAAAGUUAGAAGGAAAGAGAAAGUCCGUUCAUCAAAGGAGAAGCAACUCGAACCUUUUGAUUCAGAGACUGUUGUCAAGAAGAAACACAGGCCUAAGAAGGAACUGCCACCAGUCGACAUGGAGGAAAUGUUGCCAAAGAAGAAAAAGCAUGAACAUGGUAGUAAAAAGACUGUUAAAAUUCCAAAACAAACGGUAUUACGGGAACCAAGUCCUGAUCUUCAUCUUGAGGAUGAGCCAGAGUUGGGAGAGGAGGCGAUCAUGGUUGAUCCACCAGAGCUGUCCAAGUGGGAGAAGGAGGAAUUAUAUGGCUCGGAUAUUGAACCAAGACGUUUCCAGCGGAGAGGCCAAGGCAAAAUGAUGCUGCCAAGAUCUGUGAUAGAGAGUGCCGAAAAAACGAUGUCAAACAAGCCACAUAAAGGAAUGAUGUCGGCUGUGUCUAUGGUAACAUCACCUGUGAAAACGGCACCAUCUGUGGUGCAGGUGGCUAAACCUGCAGAGAAAAAGGGCAAAACGGUGAGACGAGUCUUCAUCGAUGACGGGACUGGGGAGCGUGUAGCACAGGACAAGAAACGUGAGCAUCGUCAUUCUCAGGAUUACACCGAGGACCCUGAUAAAGGUGAUUUAAGAAAGACUAUCAAUAUCAAGCGAGAUCUCAGGGAAAAGUUGAAUGAACGCAAGUCUGGUGGGGAUGAUGAUGAUGAUAGGUAUGGGGGGUCGGAUGAUCUGGUGGGUUUAGAAAGUGAUAUUGUGACGAAGAAAAAGGAGAAAAAGAUCUCCAUGAAGCGUGAUGUAAGUAUGGAAGAGCAGGAGAAGCGUGGCUGGCAGGCUGAGCGGGCAUCCCAGGAAUCUGAUUCUGGGGAUAUUCGCCUCAGCACAAUUAGUAGCAGUCGUCAGAUCGAACGUAAAGUGUCGCUUCUCGACGAGGCUAAUUUUGAACCAGAUUAUAACGAAUCAGACUCUGCAUCAAGUCAAUCCCCUGCGAGAGUCAAGUCGUCGUCCAAGCGCAGCCCAAGUGAGGAGAGACACAGGGAAAAGAAACACAAACACAAGAAGCACAAGAAACACAAACAUAAACAUCAUAAGAAGCAUAAACAUAAACAUGAUAAGGAACAGGACUAGGCCUAAUCAAAAAUGAACUUGCUAGAUUUCACUCCAGGAAGUAGUUUUGCUCUAUUCAUACGUGUAUCAAAAUUGCAUCCAAGUUUGGGUACUAUUUCGUCACUCCGUCUAAUUCUAACUUGCUGCAUUUGUGUAACCCUACUGUACACGUAAUUAAGGAACUUUUCAUCCUUGGGCCAAAUUGAUAUAUGUUUCUUGGAUGUACCUCUGUGUUCAAACACUGCAGAGCCCCCUUCCUAGUGAAUAAAAACUUCUAAAUAUCUAACCAAAUUUCCAUUUCAAUAUUGCAUAUUGAAAUAUUGAAUUGCAGUAAGCUACAUAUAUAUUAAAGACAGACCAAUAAACAGGAUGAGGCCAAGAAAACCGGUGUCCAAUGCAAUUUGAACAAAUCUUGAAUAUGAAUUGAAGAGCAGCAAUGGGUUGGUUUUUGGUGAUUGUACUGUACUGUUAUUGAUUGUCUUCUAAAUAAGAGACAGAAUGAGAUUUUGACAAAUUCGGUGACACUUAUGAAAAGAGAGCCGCUGGUGUCGCGCUGGUUUAAUGCUGAUAUCUGUAACUUUGAUGAAUUGAGAGAUUUGCCUCAGCAAGUACUGGGUACUGAGUGCUGAGACACAUUCCUAUUGCUUCAUUUUGGGAGCAACUGAAAUUUUGUACAUAGCAUUAUUACUGGACACUGAGCCUAGUAUAUGUUGAUUUUGUUAUCCAUUUAUUUUGUAUGUAUAUAUUUAUUGAUAAAAAAAAAACCUCAGAAGGAUAUGGUAAGCUUUUCGUUUCAUUUCUCACGAAGGAUCACCGGAGUGGAUUAAUAAAUCUUCUGCAGUUCAUAUGGCACAUGAGGAUCGUGGACUUGAUGCCAUUGUGCACAGGAAACCUGCCCUCGCUAUGUGGGGUGAAUUUAGGCCUAGGAAAGUAGGCUAAGGUGUGGGGAGACGAGUCGGUUCACUGAAGGGUUACACUGUGCAUUCAGUUGGAAAUGCCACCUGAAUGUUUGGCAUCAAGUAUUGGUCAUGAUUCAUCUCAAUCAAUCUAUGACAACCAUUCGGUGUUUCAUGCUGAAUGCACUGCUGACCUAUUUUGCCUACUUUGGAUGUGUUGUGAAUAUACUUGUCUUAUUUUGUAGUCUUGUCUUGUAGCACCGGUACUGAAUGGGGACAUGAUAUAUUUUAGUUGUACAUAUUGCAUUGUGUAAUCAAAGUGUAGUAGAUACAUGUAUAUUAAUAUAACAAUGUGAUGGGGUUUUCUAUUCUGGGGUGAUGUGGUUCAUUUGUGCUUGGGGGCUGAUAUCUUCAUACACAUGUUUGUAUACUGUGAUGAUUCGUGCCCCUUUAUUUAUUACAGAAGAAGUUGACUGUACUUUAGGUGCCAUUUGAUUUAGAAUAACUUGCUAUAUUUUUUCUUUCUUCCAAAUAACACUCAACUACUAACUUCUUUAUGCACUUGAAGAACUAAGCAAUCUUAUUUUGUGUGAUGCAUUUAUUUUGGAGAGGAGGAUAAUUUUAACUCGAGUUUGGCAUUAAAGUUUGGCCAUCUUGGUUGAUAAUUAAUUGUCUGCUGGAAUACUGCAUUCCCAGAAUAUUUCAUUGAUUUUUCAUUUUCACAUGGCAACAUUUGGAGAAGGGGGGGGGGGUUACUGGCUCUUGAACUUAUACUUGAUGGGGAGGGGGAGCAUGACUCUGAAAGUUCAAUUCCCAUGUUUGGAGUGCAUUUCCUCUGUCUUUUUUCGACCUUCCACUUGAUAUGUCUUCAAAUUAUUUUCUGUAUUAAUUUCUUCUUUGUCUACUUGUAUUUUGUUGCUAUAGUUAUUCGUGUGCCACUGUGUCUUUAAAUUAAGGGAGAAAGCCUAAAUUACUCAUGAAUAUCUUUGGUCAUACUCAAGACAUCAGCACAGUUGGAAUAGUAAAUUACAGUCAUUGGAGGGUCUUUGACAAUUAACUGGGACUGGGGUGUAAAAUGCACAGGGAGGUGUGAAGUUUACAGGUACUGGUACAUGUAUAUGUGUUUGUUUCAUUUUGUUUGCUAUAAUUGGUUGAGAUCGGUACACAGUACCAAUUGGAGGACAGGACAUGGAGUCAAGCGGCUGGAGGAUCAGCCUUGUAGAUUGCUGAAGGAAUAAAGACCACAAUGAAUUUAAUUGAAAAAAUAA